AUCACGCUCUGGAUCAUGCUGGCGUCCUUGGCCAAAAUAGGGUUCCACCUCUACAACAAGCUGCCUUCCGUCGUUCCCGAAAGCUGUUUGUUGAUAUUUGUGGGACUCAUCAUGGGGGGAAUCAUCUAUGGAUUCAAUGAUAGGUCACCACCAGUGAUGGACAGCGACAUCUUUUUCCUCUACCUCCUGCCCCCCAUCGUGCUGGACGCCGGCUACUUCAUGCCCAGCCGCCCCUUUUUCGAGAACAUCGGCACCAUCCUGCUCUACGCGGUGGUGGGGACCAUCUGGAACGUGUUUGGGAUCGGCUUUUCCCUGUAUGGGAUCUGCCAGGUGAAAGCCUUCCGGCUGCAGGACGUGUCCCUGCUGCACAACCUCCUGUUUGGCAGCCUUAUCGCCGCCGUGGACCCCGUGGCCGUGCUGGCUGUCUUCGAGGAGAUCCACGUCAACGAGAAGCUGCACAUCCUGGUUUUUGGGGAAUCGCUCCUCAACGAUGCCGUGACUGUGGUGCUCUACAAGCUCUUUCGCUCUUUCUGUGAGAUGCCGACCAUCAAAAGCGUGGAUGUUUUUGCUGGAGUUGGAAAAUUCUUCGUGGUUGGUCUGGGAGGAGUUUUGGUGGGGCUGAGUUUUGGGUUCACCGCUGCCUUCACCACGCGCUUCACCAAGGACAUCCGUGUCAUCGAGCCCCUCUUUGUGUUCCUGUACAGCUACCUGUCCUACCUCACUGCAGAGAUGUUCCACCUCUCCGGGAUCGUGGCCAUCAUUUCCUGUGCCAUGGGCAUGAAGCGUUACGUGGAGGCCAACAUCUCCCUCAAGUCCCACACCACAGUCAAGUACUUCAUGAAGAUGUGGAGCAGUGUGAGUGACACCCUCAUCUUCAUCUUCCUCGGAGUUUCCACCAUCGGAGAAAACCACGAGUGGAACUGGCCCUACAUUUGCUUCACGGUUAUUUUCUGUCUCGUUUGGAGAGCACUUGGGGUUCUUGUGCUGACUUUCUUUGUGAACAGAUUUCACGUGAACACCAUCACCAGUAAGGACCAGUUCAUCAUUGCCUACGGGGGGCUCCGAGGGGCCAUUUGCUUCUCUUUGGUUUUCCUGCUGCCUGACUUCCACAGGAAAAAGCUCUUCAUUGCAGCAACAACUGUCGUCAUCCUCUUCACCGUGUUCGUGCAGGGAAUGACCAUCCGUCCCCUCGUUGACCUGUUGGCUGUCAAGAGGAAAAGGGAGAGUGCUCCCACCGUGGGAGAGCAGAUCCACAUCCGGUUCUUGGAUCACUUGCUGGCUGGCAUUGAAGAUAUAUCUGGACACUGGGGACAGUAUUACUGGAAAGACAAACUGGAAUAUUUCAACAGCAAAUACCUGCAGAAGAUCCUGCUCAGGGAGUACGACCAGCCCAAGUCCAGCAUCGUGCUGCUCUACGAGAAGCUGGAGCGCAAGCACGCCAUGGAGCUGGCCCAGGCUGGGCAGCUGGGCCACGGCCUCGCCCACCCCUCCUUCCUCAGCAGCGACAGGACUGUCAUAACAGACCAAAAACUGGAGGACACUCCAAAUCCUGAUGUCCUGGACAACAUGCAGGAAAUAUUGGCGAGGAACCUGUACCGGAUCAGGAGGACGGGCCCGGCGUACAACAGGCACACCCUGCCCGGGGACAGCGAGCCCACGGAGCAGGCCAAGGAGAUCCUGAUCCUGCGGCACAAGAGCCUGCUGGUGGAGGUGGCCGGGAGCGACACCUGCAGCUCCAGGAAGGAGAAGGAGGACGCGUGCUCGGCGCAGGGCGAGGCCAGCCCGCAGCCCAAGCUCUGCCGCUCCUUCACCGUGGGGAACACGGAGAAGGUUCGGGAAAUGAAGGAGAGCCGCUCCAAGUCCGUGUGUGCCAUCCCGCCGCCCCAGCCCAGCGGCACGGGGGUGAAAGAGCUGACUCUGGAGAUGUACAAACACAAGGGAUGCUCUGGCUCCCCAUGA